GUCUUAACAAGAAGAGAAGGCUUCAAUGGAUCCUUUUGUGGUCCUUGUGCUCUGUCUCUCAUGUUUGCUUCUCCUUUCACUAUGCAGACAGAGGUCUGGGAGAGGAAAACUCCCUCCUGGCCCCACUCCUCUCCCAGUGAUUGGAAAUAUCCUACAGAUAGAUAUUAAGGACGUCAGCAAAUCCUUAACCAAUCUCUCAAAAGUCUAUGGCCCUGUGUUCACUCUGUAUUUUGGCCUGGAACGCAUGGUGGUGCUGCAUGGAUAUGAAGCGGUGAAGGAAGCCCUGAUUGAUCUUGGAGAGGAAUUUUCUGGAAGAGGCCAUUUCCCACUGGCUGAAAGAACUAACAGAGGAUUUGGAAUCGUUUUCAGCAAUGGAAAGAGAUGGAAGGAGAUCCGGCGUUUCUCCCUCAUGACGCUGCGGAAUUUUGGGAUGGGGAAGAGGAGCAUUGAAGACCGUGUUCAAGAGGAAGCCCGCUGCCUUGUGGAGGAGUUGAGAAAAACCAAGGCCUCACCCUGUGACCCCACUUUCAUCCUGGGCUGUGCUCCCUGCAAUGUGAUCUGCUCCAUUAUUUUCCAGAAACGUUUUGAUUAUAAAGAUCAGCAAUUUCUUAACUUGAUGGAAAAAUUGAAUGAAAAUGUCAGGAUUGUGAGCACCCCCUGGAUCCAGAUAUGCAAUAAUUUUCCCCCUAUCAUUGAUUAUUUCCCGGGAACCCACAACAAAUUACUUAAAAACAUUGCUUUUAUGGAAAGUUAUAUUUUGGAGAAAGUAAAAGAACACCAAGAAUCGAUAGACAUAAACAACCCUCGGGACUUUAUUGAUUGCUUCCUGAUCAAAAUGGAGAAGGAAAAGCAAAACCAACAGUCUGAAUUCACUAUUGAAAACUUGGUAAUCACUGCAGCUGACUUACUUGGAGCUGGGACAGAGACGACAAGCACAACCCUGAGAUAUGCUCUCCUUCUCCUGCUAAAGCACCCAGAGGUCACAGCUAAAGCCCAGGAAGAGAUUGAACGAGUCAUUGGCAGAAACCGGAGCCCCUGCAUGCAGGACAGGGGCCACAUGCCCUACACAGAUGCUGUGGUGCACGAAGUCCAGAGAUACAUUGACCUCAUCCCCACCAACCUGCCCCAUGCAGUGACCUGUGACGUUAAAUUCAGAAACUACCUCAUUCCCAAGGGCACAACCAUAUUAACUUCCCUCACUUCUGUGCUACAUGACAACAAAGAAUUUCCCAACCCAGAGAUGUUUGACCCUCGUCACUUUCUGGAUGGAGGUGGCAAUUUUAAGAAAAGUAACUACUUCAUGCCUUUCUCAGCAGGAAAACGGAUUUGUGUGGGAGAGGGCCUGGCCCGCAUGGAGCUGUUUUUAUUCCUGACCUUCAUUUUACAGAAUUUUAACCUGAAAUCUCUGAUUGACCCAAAGGACCUUGACACAACUCCUGUUGUCAAUGGAUUUGCUUCUGUCCCACCCUUCUAUCAGCUGUGCUUCAUUCCUGUCUGAAGAAGCACAGAUGGUCCAGCUGCUGCUGUGCUGCCCCUGCAGCUCUCUUUCCUCUGGGACAUUAUCCAAAUUUCACUAUCUGUGAUGCCUUUUCUGACCCGUCAUCUCACAUUUUCCCUUCCCCCAAGAUCUAGUGAACAUUCAGCCUCCAUUAAGGAGAGUUUCCUAAGUUUCACUGUGCAAAUAUAUCUGCUAUCCCCCAUACUCUAUAAUAGUUACAUUGACUGCCACAUAAUGCUGAUACUUAUCUAAUGUUGAGUUAUUAAUAUGUUAUUACUAAAUAGAGAAAGAUGAUUUGUGUAUUAUAAUUCAAAGGCAUUUCUUCUCUGCAUGUUCUAAACAAAAAGGAUUAUUAUUUGCUGAGUCAGGUUAUAAGACCUUCCUUCCUUUUUGCAUAAUGCAGGUCAGAAAUUAAAGAAAAUAGAGUUCCAAGAGGCCAUGCUGGUUCUCAAAAUGAUAAGGACAGAAAGGACACAGGGGAAGAUGGUAGGGAAGCUAUUUUGGCUGAGCAUUACCAAAAUUUAGAGUUACAUGAGGAUUGGAUUUGAAAGUGAGAAACUGUCCAGGAGCAGCUCCAACCUCUAGGGAAAUAUUCAGAGGAUCAGGUAUUGGGAGGAAUGGAUAUUAAAUGUUCCACAUUGGUGUUCCUUUUUUUUUUUUUUGCGACAAUGUCUCACUGUGUCUCCCAGGCUGGAGUGCAGGGGUGCAAUCUCGGCUCACUAUAACCUUCGCUUCCCAGGUUCAAGAGAUUCUCCUGCCUCAGCCUCCCGAGUAGCUGGGAUUACAGGCACAUGCCACCAUGCCUGGCUAAUUUUCUUGUAUUAGUACAGACAGGGUUUCACCAUGUUAGCCAGGAUGAUCUCAAUCUGCUGACCUCGUGAUCUGCCUGCCUCAGCCUCCCAAAGUGCUGGGAUUACAGGUGUGAGACACUGUGCCUGGCCUAAUGUUACUUUAAAGUGUCAUUACUUUAUGUCUAAAUAAUCAGAUUACUUUUAUUACUUCAUGUUUCCAACUUAGAAUGAAGUAAUAAAGUAUAAGUAUAUGCUUUCGUAUUGCUGCUCAUGUGUUUUGUCAUGCUUCUCUCUUCAAACAUGAAAAAAAUUUCUUUUCUUUUUUCUUUUUCUUUUUGAAAUGGAGUCCCACUUUUGUUGCCCAGGCUGGAGCAUAAUGGUGCGAUCUUGGCUCACUGCAAUCUCCACCUCCUGGAUUCAAGUGAUUCUCCUGCCUCAGCCUCCUGAGUAGCUGGGAUUACAGGUGCCUGCCACCACACCAGGCUAAUUUUUGUAUUUUUAGUAGAGACAGUGUUUCACCAUGUGGGCCAGGCUAGUCUUGAACUCCUGACCUCAAGUGAUCCACCCACCUCAGCCUCCCAAACUGCUGGGCUUACAGGCGUGAGCCACUGAGCCUGGCUGAAAAAAAUUUCUAAGAAUUACCAGGGUUUAAUCUUUUUCAGCUUCUCCUAUAUUGUUUUAGUUUUAACAUUAGUGGGAUGAUAAUUUUAUGCUAUUGUCCUAAUAUAAUUAGCCUCAUGUCAUCUCCAAAGCAUAGACAACUAAGUAUCUUAUGUUAAAUUAUGUUCGCCACUCUUCCUCUCUUCUACUUGAAAUGUAAGAAAUAAGAAGUAACAUAAUUGAUUAUGCUUCUCACAGCUCAUCUCCCAGAACAAGCUACUUACAAUUUGGAAUACGUUUAAAGAUAAUAUGUGGGUACAGGUGUACAUGUACAUCUAUGCAUGUGUAUGUACAUUGUGUGUAUUCACACAUAAUAUAUAUGUAUAACUUGUGCACACAUACAUAUAGGGUUAAAUGUUUAUUUACAAUAUUGGGCUCAUAUCACACACCUUGUAUUAAAACUUGCUAUUUUCCUACCAAGUAAUAUGCCAGCAAAACCUCUAAGGUGAUAGAAACAUAGGCAAAUAAUUCGGAGAGAUAAUAGAAGAGAAAGUGGAAAUGGAUAUUACGUUAAUGGAAAGAUCCAAGUGGAAAUUACACAUUAUACCUUUUAAACAUUCUUCAUUGGGAAAUGAUAAUGUAUUAAUGUAGUGUUAGUAGAGGUGUUGGCAAACACCCAUGGGUGAGAUAAAUCAAAAAGUUGUCUAGUCUGUUUCCUCCUGAAGACUGUAGUGGAUAAUCUGUUUUCCUGCCUAUUUCAGCUCCUAAAGGCUGCCUGCAUUCCUUGGCUCAUGAACUCUUCUUUCUUUCACUCCAAAUACUUGCUUCUUUUGUUACAUCUCCUACUCCUACUACUCUUAUUCUCUCUCCCUUAUGUAAAGACCCUUGUGAUUACAUGAAACCCACCAGUGUAAUCUCUUCAUGUCCAGACAUUAUUUAGCCUACCAUACUAUUAUUAUACCCAUUUGAACAACCAAACAAUUGCACUGAUGAUCUGUUAAGUAUCUUGUUCAAGGUCACACAGCUUUUUAAGUGUCAGAGCCAACAAUUGAACAAGAGCAAUCUGACUGGAAAGUAGAAGUGGCUAACAACUUUGCUAAUUCUCUGCAUUUAUUUUUAUUGUUUGUAUUUCUUCCCUAAAAUACAUAUUUCAUAUGAGCAGAGAACUUUAUUUGGCUCACUAAUGAAUACCAGCCACCUGAAACACUGUUUAGAAGAUACUGGCUCAAUAAAUAUUUAAUAAA